AACAGCCGUCUGACUUCUUGUCACCCGAAAGAGACCCUACUAGGGACAUAGAAUCAUCCGAACUUGCGGUCUUUCAAGCAAUGGGAGCUGAAGAUUAUAGCAGAGGUUUUUUGAACGGAUUAGAUUAA